CUAUAUAUCGGGUGAGAGGUGUGCAAAUAUCAAUUUUGACUCGAAUUCCAAGCCCUUUUGCACCAAAGCCGUUUAUGAAACAACCGAUCUCCCGCUCACUGACUGGCCGGGUAGAUCAUCAUUUUCAUAACAUAAUCUCUCCUUCUUCUCUCACUCAAACUCUCUUCUCUAUCUUUUAAAUCCCAUGUCAUAGUGUUUGAUCCUGCUCCUGUCGUCAAUCCCAUGAUGUCAAACCCAUUGGAGAGGUACCAAAAACUGGGAUUGAGUGAAUCUCUGCCGAGAAUCUACCGAUACCCAAUAGCCUGCAAAGAGCUCAGCUUCAUUCUGAGAGGCGCUUACAACAAACUACCCAAAAAAUUGCAAUCCCUUAUCUUCCAAGACACCCUCACCGCCUUCCGUCUCCUUCCUGAAAUGCAGAUACACACCGCUGUUUCAGCCGCCCAUAUUCUCCAUCAGAGUGCAGAGGCUGCGUUGCCGAAGCAGAAGAGAAAUCUGGCUAUUAAAGAAUUUAAGCAUGCAAUGGUUGCUCAUAAGAGGCGCUAUAAAGCCCGCCAGGAAGAAAACGGUUCUGCACGACUGCCACAAGAUAUUCUUGUGCACAUCUUCAGUUUUCUAGAUCUGCAAUCUUUAGUUUCAGUUGGACUAGUCUGCUGGUCGUGGAACAUAGCAGCAAGUGAUGACCAUCUGUGGCAGUUGCAAUAUGCUUCCGUUUUUAGUAAUUCUGAUAAUUGUUUGAAGAGUAAGGGACAUCAGAUUGGUAGACCAGUUGAAGAUGAAGAAUUUAGAUUUUUAGAGCAUAUGGAUACAAGAAGCAGUAUUGACUGGAGAGAGGCCUUUAAAAGAGCAUAUAUAGGCAAUGCGACAAAGAAUUUAACAGCUAGUAGGGGAUACUGUGAACACUGUGACACUAUAGUUUGGCUCAAUAACUUAAAAUGCUCCAAUGGACAUCAUGGACUAAAUUCUGAAAAUCGGCAGAUAAAGCGUGUAUCGCCAUGCCAGGUUGUGGAGUAUAUUUUGGAUGAUUCAUUAAAAUUCAUAUCUUCCUCAGAUAGUGAUAGUGAUUCAGAUGGAGGGUCAAUUUCCAGGUUAUGGGCCUAUCCAAGACACAUGGCAGAAGCCUUCCAUUAGGAAGUAAAUAGGUGGAGUCAUUUCAUUUAUAGCAUAUUCAGUAUAAUGAAUGUCCGUCCUAGUGAAGAUAUUGUACAGAACUGAUCAAUGGGGACAGAUUCCUAAUUCUCAAAAAAAAAAAGUCCAUCUACACAUGAAACUUUUAUCCUCCCUUCAUCCCCCUUUGAUAAUAAAAAUCAAUUUUUUUAAGAAAAAGCGGGUGAUAAAAGGAGGAUGAGAGUCUCAUCUUUAGCAUUUCCAAAAAAAAAUAGGCUCGGUAGGAUUGGGGUGGAAAAGGAGGGACUCGGGUUGUUUCUACAGGGAUCAGAAAUUCUGAAGAUUAAUGAAGAUAAUUACUGUAUUUGUGCCA